CGAGGGCAGCCGGGACGGGUUUUCCUAGCGAUCCGAGGUGUGGUGCUGCUGCUGCUGCUGCUGCUGAACCGGUGCCGCGGCGACGCCCGUGUGCCUGCUGUCUUCCUCGGGCUCCCCGGGGCUUGACCCCCGGGGCUCUCGGCAGGCGUCGGUGAAGAGCCUGCAGAGAGAACCUGCGCUCCCACACCCGCCCUCUACAACCCCAUAUCACGACUCCGAGGAAGGGGAGAGAGAGGGGCUGUCGCGACUCCGUGCCGUGUGUCGCCGGGCGGGGCCGCGGGGCCGGGGCUCCUCUAGCCCCCGGGAUGCGCGCGCGAGUCCUCGUCUCCACUUCCUUGUUGCCACUGCCACGACUGGAGCCGCCUCUCUCCGACCGCGGGGAGCGCGAGUGCGCUGGCCAGCCCCCCCCGUCGAGCCCCCUGGCCGGGCGCCUCCGGGAAUGUGAGCCGCGCGGCUUGCACGCUUCUCCGGCCAUGGAUGCAUCAUAUGAUGGUACUGAGGUAACUGUCGUGAUGGAGGAAAUUGAGGAAACCUACUGUUACACCUCCCCUGGGCCACCCAAGAAGAAGAAAAAGUAUAAAAUACAUGGAGAAAAGGCCAAGAAACCCAGGUCUGCUUACCUUCUGUACUAUUAUGACAUCUACCUGAAAGUGCAGCAGGAGCUCCCCCACCUCCCUCAAUCUGAGAUCAAUAAGAAGAUUAGUGAGAGUUGGAGGCUUCUCAGUGUGGCCGAGAGGAGUUACUACUUGGAGAAAGCCAAACUAGAGAAAGAAGGUUUGGAUCCUAACUCUAAACUCUCUGCACUGACCGCUGUGGUUCCGGACAUCCCAGGUUUCCGCAAGAUCCUCCCUCGCUCAGAUUAUAUCAUCAUCCCCAAGAGCAGCCUGCAGGAGGAGCGGAGCUGUUCUCAGCUAGAGCUGUGUGUGGCCCAGAACCAAAUGUCCCCUAGAGGACCAUCCCUUGUGUCCAACACUGCCCUGGAGACAGUGCCCAGCCAUGCAGGCAUGGCAGAACAAUGUCUGGCUGUGGAGGCCUUAGCUGAGGAUGUGGGAGCCCUUGCCCAGCCAGGUGCUGUACAGGAGAUCACCACCUCAGAGAUCCUCGGCCCGGAUGUGCUCCUAAAUGAGGCUUCCCUGGAGGUAGGGGAGAGCCACCAACCUUACCAGACAAGCCUGGUAAUUGAAGAGACCUUAGUGAACAGCUCACCAGACCUCCCCACUGGAAGCCUGGCUGUGCCCCACCCCCAGGUUGGGGAGAGCAUGUCCGUGGUAACAGUCAUGAGGGAUUCCAGUGAGAUUAGCUCCUCUGCGCCAGCUGCACAAUUCAUCAUGUUGCCUCUUCCUGCCUACUCGGUUGUGGAGAACCCCACCUCCAUCAAACUGACUACUACGUACACCCGACGGGGCCAUGGGACAUGCACCAGCCCAGGCUGCUCCUUCACGUAUGUCACGAGGCACAAACCACCUAAGUGCCCUACCUGUGGUAACUUCCUAGGAGGGAAGUGGAUCCCAAAGGAAAAGCCAGCCAAAGUCAAAGUGGAAUUGACUUCUGGAGUCUCCUCCAAAGGCUCUGUGGUUAAAAGAAAUCAGCAGCCUCUCACCUCCGAGCAAAAUUCUGCUAAGGAAAACUCUUCCAAACUGACUCUGGAGAACUCAGAAGCUGUAAGCCAGCUCCUAAGUAUAGCUCCUCAAAGAGACGUGGGUGAGGAGAAUGAGUGGGAGGAAGUGAUCAUCUCAGAUGCCCAUGUUUUGGUCAAGGAAACUCCUGGGAAUCGUGGUACAGCAGUCAUUAAGAAGCCAGUGGUCAAGAGUGGUGUGCAGCGUGAGGUCUCUCUGGGGACAACUGAGAAUGACAGUCCUGGACUAGACGUGCCACCACCAGCUGAGGGGACCAGCACCUCCAAUUCACUCCCUGCUCCUAAAAAGCCUACAGGAGUUGACGUGCUUAUUCCUGUGCCCAGAGCCCCAGAGCUUAAAGGCAGAGCACGGGGCAAGCCCUCGUUACUGGCUGCAGCAAGACCCAUGAGAGCAAUUCUUCCAGCCCCAGCUAACGUGGGUCGAGGCAGCAGCAUGGGACUGCCCAGGGCCAGGCAGGCCUUUCCCCUGAGUGAUAAGACUCCCUCUGUGAGGACUUGUGGCCUGAAGCCAAGUACGCUGAAGCAGCUGGGCCAGCCCAUCCAACAGCCAUCUAGCACUGGUGAGGUGAAGCUACCAAAUGGCCCAGCCAACAGGACAUCUCAGGUGAAAGUUGUAGAGGUCAAGCCUGAUAUGUUUCCUCCAUAUAAGUAUAGCUGCACCGUCACACUGGAUUUGGGCCUGGCUACAUCAAGAGGUCGGGGAAAGUGCAAGAAUCCCUCUUGUAGCUAUGUCUACACCAAUCGGCAUAAACCGCGGAUUUGUCCCAGCUGUGGUUUUAACCUUGCCAAAGACCGGACUGAGAAAACCACCAAGGUUCUCGAGGCGAGCUCACCACUCUCGGAUGUGCCGAGCGCCACAGAGCCCCUGAGCGCAGCCCAGAGGGAGAUCCAGCGCCAGUCAACGCUGCAGCUGCUGCGCAAAGUCCUGCAGAUUCCUGAGAACGAGUCAGAGCUGGCUGAGGUCUUCGCCUUGAUUCAUGAACUCAAUAGCUCUCGACUCGUCCUGUCCAACGUGAGUGAGGAGACAGUCACCAUCGAGCAGACUUCUUGGUCGAAUUAUUAUGAGUCUCCAUCCACGCAGUGCCUUCUCUGUAGCAGCCCAUUGUUCAAAGGGGGACAAAACUCCCUGGCCGGGCCCCAGGAGUGCUGGCUGCUGACAGCCAGCUGGCUGCAGGUGGUGACUGCCCAGGUGAAGAUGUGUCUGAAUCCCCAUUGUUUGGCCCUGCACAGCUUCAUGGACAUCUAUACAGGUCUCUUUAAUGUGGGAAACAAGCUGCUAGUGAGCCUGGACUUGCUUUUUGCAAUCCGAAACCAGAUCAAGCUGGGAGAGGACCCCAGAGUAUCCAUCAGCACUCUUCUGAAGUCAGUGCAGGAUCAGACAGAGAAGACUCUUACCUCAGAGGAGCUGAGCCAGCUGCAGGAGCUGCUGUGCAAUGGCUAUUGGGCUUUUGAGUGCCUCACUGUCCGAGACUACAAUGACAUGAUCUGUGGCAUCUGUGGUGUGGCCCCCAAAGUGGAAGUGGCCCAGAGGAGUGAAGAAAACGUGCUGGCACUAAAGAGUGUGGAGUUCACCUGGCCUGACUUCUUGGCCUCUAGUGAGGUAAAUGUGGAGGACUUUUGGGCCACGAUGGAGACAGAAGUGAUUGAGCAGGUGGCCUUCCCCGCCAGCAUCCCUAUCACCAAGUUUGAUGCCUCUGUUAUUGCCCCCUUCUUCCCACCACUCAUGAGAGGAGCUGUGGUCGUCAACACUGAGAAAGACAAAAACCUGGAUGUGCAGCCAGUACCUGGCAAUGGCGGUGCCUUGGUACGGCUGCUCCAGGAGGGCACCUGCAAGCUUGAGGAGAUCGGCUCCUACAGCGAGGAGGAGCUGCACUGCCUGCUGAGGCAGUGUGGCAUCCCCUUCGGGGCAGAAGAUUCCAGGGACCAGCUCUGCUUCUCCUUGUUGGCCCUCUACGAAUCUGUUCAGAAUGGAGCCAGAGCUCGACAGCCCCCACCUCAUCUCACAGGGGGUAAAAUCUACAAGAUGUGCCCCCAUCAGGUGGUGUGUGGCUCUAAGUAUCUCGUGCGGGGCGAGAGUGCCCUCGACCACGUGGACCUGCUCGUCUCCUCCCGCCAUUGGCCUCCUGUGUAUGUGGUCGACAUGGCCACACCAGUGGCCCUGUGUGCUGACCUCUGCUACCCAGAGCUGACCAACCAGAUGUGGGGGAGGAAUCAGGGCUGUUUCUCCAGCCCCACGGAGCCGCCUGUGAGCGUGUCCUGCCCAGAACUCUUGGACCAGCAUUAUACGGUGGAUAUGUCGGAGGCUGAGCACUCUGUCCAGCACCCGGUCACCAAGACUGCCACACGGCGCAUCGUCCAUGCAGGCACACAGCCCAGUCCUGGCGACCCCAGUGCUGGGCACCACUCCUUGGCCCUGUGUCCUGAGUUGGCGCCCUACGCAGCCAUCCUGUCCUCCUUUGCAGACAGCAAACCAAACAGCGUCCGCCAGCGGCCCAUUGCCUUUGACAAUGCCACCCACUAUUACCUCUACAACCGCCUCAUGGACUUCCUUACCAGUCGCGAGAUUGUCAACCGGCAGAUCCAUGACAUUGUGCAGAGCUGCCAGCCUGGCGAGGUGGUCAUCCGAGACACCCUGUACCGCCUCGGGGUUGCUCAGAUCAAGACGGAGACGGAGGAGGACGCUGAGGAAGAGGAGGUGGCCACAGCUGCAGAGAAAUCUAUGACAGUUCCACACAAGUCAAAGAUGCUAUAGGAGAAGAGACUGGAGCAGACUGAGAGUCCCAACAGGCCCUGGGGCACUUCUGUGGGCCCUGUGGUGAGUGUCCAAGCCUCUUUGAGUGGGGACUUCCUAAAAGGUAGAUUUGAAGGGCUUCACUCCAGACCCAUAGCGUCAGACUCCCUGGAGCAGGGCCCAGGCAUCUGCACUCUUUUCUCCUUUUCCAGGUGACUCUGAUGCCCACCCAUGUCUGAGAGCCACUGAUCAGAUCUCACAGAACUGCCUGUCAUCCAUAAGCAGCUUCUGACCAGUCCAGGCAUCUGGCCUAGGAAUUCAAGGGUUGCUGAGACAGGGAUCCCACCUUCACUUUGUGGAGACGGGACGGGGAAGAUGGAGUGAGGUAGCCCUGGGACCCUCAGACACCCAAGAGGCCCCACCACGAUGGGCCCCUUACCUCCGUGGGUACAGGCUCCCAGAAGGUUGACUAUGUUCUCGUGCUGGCCCAGGUGGCUCAUGAUCUUCAGUUCCGACAUGAGGGCCUCCUUCUCGUCAGCGUGAGCCGUGGCUGGGAGAUGGGGCCACAGGUCCCACAGACAGAGAAAGGGCAGGACGUGGAGAGCCAUGCACACAGACGCCCAGGGAAGCAAAGCAGAGGGGACCCAGAGCCCCAAAGCAAUCAGAAGCCGAAAGAGGCAGGAGAAGUGAGGACACACAAUGGGAGUUACGGGGAGAGAGAGAGGAGAGAUGGCCUGUUACUGAGCUGAUUUGGGGUGGCAGGAGACCAACCUGUGGCCAGGCCAUAGGCCAGGAUGGCCUCUGUGCACCAGAGCCCCUUCGAGGCUCAGGCAGAAGCCCUUCCACACCCAGGAGUUCGAGGGAGCCGGGAGCUCACAAAGGAAGCCGAGAGUCCUCACCCCCGAUCCCAGGCUCUGUUCCACAGGCCCUGACAGGCCGAAAAUGUGGGUGAUGCCCUUGUGAUGACAGAACAGACCCUCCCUUGGCAGAUACCACCUCCUACCCGCUGCCCCAAAGCUGCUUCCUGUACUCACACUUCAGCAUCUUCACAGCCACCUUCAGAACAGCAUCUUCCUUGCCCAGACCAAAGGCCGUGGCCUCUACCACCUUCCCAAAGGCACCUGCUCCAAGGGUUUUACCUGCCACACACAAAGCCUGCUGAGGUCCCGGGGCACCUAAGGGCCCACAGGCUCCCUGCCACCCACGCUGGCCCUGUGACAGGAGGGCGUGUUGGUUGCUGAGACCCUGGCUCACCGAACUGCAGGUUGUUCCGGGGGAACUCCCACUUCUCGUUGUAGGGCAGCUGGGUUGGGUCGAUGAAGGUGUAGCUGUUGCCCCCGUAGCUCUCAAUGAUCUUCCAGCGCACCUGGUACUUGGGCUUCUGCAGAGGGAGAGGGAGGAGGCAUGGGUCAGCUGGGCCUGGCAGGUGGAUCUUGGACAUCAUCCCGACCCGGGAGGACAGGGGCUGGGCAGUCCCACCGCACAGCGGGAGGAGGUCGGUGUGGCCUGCGACGUGGUGAGAGGGGCUGUGUCAUCUCAUGCCCAUGGCACCGAGAGCCCCGUCCCUGCCUGGCUUGGCCUUACCAUGGGACCGUCCAUUCUCCAAGCCUCAGUUUCCCUACCUGUGUAUUGAAAGAUUUGGACAGGACCACCUCUGAGGGUUUUGACAGCUCUGAUAAGGUAGUAAUUCCUGAGCCAGGAGGGAGGGUGGAACUGUAGAUCCAUCCAUCCAUCCGUCCAUCCUCCCAUCCAAUUAUUACUUGUUUGUUUUAUUUUCACUUGUGGUAAGAACAAAAUUUACCAUCCCAACCAGUUUUGAGUAUACCGUUCAGUAGUGUUAUAGACAGUCCCACUGUUGUGCAACCAACCUCCAGGACUCUUUUCAUCUUGAAAAGCUUCAAGUCUGUACUCACUAAACAACAACUCCCUGUUCCCCCCUCCCCCGAGCCCCCAGCCACUUAUCUCCUGCAUCUGACUGUUCCAGGUACCUUAUUUAACUGGAGUCAUGCAGGAUCUGUCCCUUUGUAACUGGCUUAUCUCACUUAGCAUGAUGUCUUCAAGGUUCAUCCAUGUUGUUGCCUAUGUCAGCAUUUCCUGCCUUUUUAAGGCUGAAUAUUAUCCCAUCCAAAUAUUCCACCGAGUACCUGUUUGUUUCAGGCAUCGUUGAUUCAGAGUUUGACAAAACAAGAGUCCCUGUCCCCUGGAGUUUGCAUUCUAGUUGCUAAGACGGACAAUCAACUCAGAUACCUAUGUAGGAAAUUUUCGAAUAGUGCUAUGGAGAUAAGAAAGCAAAGUAAUAGGACAGAGAGCACCGGGGACAACUGAACACAAGUCAGGGAGGGCCCCUGAGGAGGCGAGAGGGAGCUGGCCACGUGAGCAGCAGGGGAAGCACUUCGCGGGUGCAGGGAGUGGAGGCCUGGGGGUGGGAAAGGUCUGGGCGAGUCUAAGGGACUGGAAGGUGCCGUGUGGCUGGAGGGGAGCAGGGGGCGGUUCUGGAGGCAGGAAAGUCUUGAGGGCUGCAAUCAGCAAGUGAGUUCUCUAAGCGCAAGGGGAACCCUUUGAGGCUCGAUGCAGGCGAGCGAUGCAUCCGACUCUACAUUGCUCAAGGACCAACAGAGAGAGACCCCACGUACAAGACAGCGGGCGUCUGGAGGACCUGCAUUCCCCUCAGGCUCUCCAAGCUGUUCCAACCAGCCAGCUGGCGGCAGAGCAUAAGCAGAGGAGGAGCGGCUGCCUCUCUCUUUCCUGCCCCUGGUGGCAGCUGCAUGGGGGCAUCAUGCCAGGGGUACCCAUGAGAAGUGCUGAUGGCAGACAGAGUUUAGGUGGAAAGUGGAAGCUGGGCUGGGGCGGUGGAGGACACUGAGGCCUCGGGUCAGCAGUCCAGCUCGCUUUCCGGUCAGUUGUGGGGGACAGGGACCAGCUGGGCUGUGCUUAGCAGCUGGGCUCCUACAUGGGGCACCCAACUCGGGCAGGGGGAGCUAAAGUGGGUGCUGGGGAGGAGGGUGACAAGUCUCACCAGGUUAAGGGAAAAGACUCCAGAUAGCCAUAGGGAAGGACUUCCGGAUGGUAGUUCGGGGGGAAAGACUGCAGUUAGACAUGAGGAAGAAUUUCCAGGUCCUGAUUCAGGACGAGAGACUAGUGGUGAACCUAAGGACAUCCAUGUUACAGUUUCAGCAGAUAGUCUGAAACGGGACAGGAAGAGGACUUCUGGAGUGUCAGAGGAUUCAAACCCUGUGUGUGGGUGCCUUCCCAACACAAAGGAUGGACACAGAACCGGGAGGGAUUCCUUGACCUUGCCUGGCCACUUCCAUCUCCAGGAGCCACUGUGGUGACGGCUGGUUUCCCCCCCCCCCCCGCCACUUCUCCUUCCUCUGGCCCCACAGCUGGGCCUGAGUCAGCCCCUCCCCAGCCCACCGCGAGCUGGCUUUCUGGCUGGAACUUCAGCUCUCUCUCUGAAUCCCAGACCUGAUACCUGGAGGACGACACAGCUCUCCCACGCCUGCCUCAGGCAUCCCCACCCCUCUUCCUGGAAAGCAGACACUAGCUCUCAGCCUCUGCUAUCCCUAGACAGGGCUUCUGUGUAACUCCCGGGGGCUUCUACCCAGAGGGGCCUCUCCUCUGAAGGAGAACCCUAAUGGGGAGGCCAGGAUGGGCAGCCUCGGAGUAUAAUGCUAUCAGUGAGCGUCUCCUGAGCACUUCCUGUGAGUGGGCGCUGGGCUCCACACUCAACGUGCGUCAUCCCACUUAAUGCUCACAACAGGCCCAGGCCACUUCCCCUUGGUGACCGAGGUAGGCAUGGAAUCAUCAAAGUCCCCACAACUCCCCAUCCAGGCCUGCUGUUUUGGGUGGGCGGAUGUUUUCUGUCUCAGGAAGGGGGAGAUCUGAACAGUUUCCACUGGAAAUCUUGGGGACCCUCCUGUGCUUCCCCCACAUACCUCCCAAUCCCCAGAGCUCAGUUCCAAUCCCCAGAAUUCCAGCCUCUCCAGUGGCUUCCCCGUCUCCUCCUGUCCUCCCCAUCACCAUCAUCCUUUCUUCCCCAUGUCCUUCCUCCUUCCAGCCUGCUGACUUCUGCCCUUUUCUCUCCCCCCUUGGCCCCCCUUGUGGUCUCUCUGGGGGCCAGAAAGGCGAUGAGUCAGCCCUGAGACAGAAGCAACCCUUCCCUCAAGUGGGGCCACCCCUCCCCUCAGGCCUGAGUAGUGAGGACAAGCCAGGCUGAGUCCCCAGUGAAGGGACAAGACUCAGAACCCUGUGGAACAAAGCAGAGGACACUUGGACAACAAGCCCUGAGGCAGGGCAUGGUCAUCUUGACCCCUGGGAUGCCCUCCUUCUCUUGGCCUUGAGUCAGCUCACGGGCCAGUUCAGUUUCUUAAAUGGGAUAAGAGGUGACUGGAGUACAUGUUCCAAAGAUGGUCCCGUGAAGAGAACGUAAGGUGUCCCCAAACCACGGCUGGCCAAGGGGGCUGGGCGGCCCAAGGCAGAAAGGGCUGGAGGGGAACUGGGCCCUUCUCUAGAAUCUCUGCAAGGCUGAGGAGGCAGCUCUGUGGGGACGGAGAGGCUGUUUUCAGCUCCAUAUAAGGAAGAACUUUGCAACAGAGCUGCGCAGAGAAGGAAUGGGAGGCCACAACAAUGACUGAAGUCCUGUCCCCGGAGGCGGGCGGAGUUGGACGGAUCUGGGUCUGAAUCCCGCCUUGCCAGGCUCUAGGACUCUAGGAAAAUUGGUGUCUCUAAGCCUCUGUCUCUCCAUCUGUGAAAUGGUGUUGAUAAUGGCAGCCCCCGCACCAGACUGUGCUGAAGGUUCACCGAGGUGACGGCGUGUAGAGGACUGAGCAGGGUGCUGGGCACGGACAGGGCUCUGAAUGGAUGCUACACACCCUGGACCCAGGAGGAAGUUGGCUGGGGAACUCAAGAUAGCUCAAGCAUCUUGGGAUUGGAGGGCUGUCUGGCCCAUCCAAGAUUCAGACCCAGAUCCACACAACUCCCAACCCUUGGCUCUUAAACUAGACCAUCAGGCUCUUGGCAUGUCACGGGAGGAGGCUGUAAAGGUCACCCACCCCACCAUGAACAGGUGGGGAAAAUGAGGCCCAGAGCGGGCAGUCCACCCGCCAAGGUUGCAUGAAGCCCAAACAGGACAGUCACCCAGCCAUGGUCUCAUGGCAAACCAGUGUCCGAGCAGGACCCAGAUCCCUGAAGACUUGACCUGGGGCCCUGGAUGCUGCGCUCAGAGCUGCCUCCUCAUGCUGUGUGCUGACAUAAGCACUGGGCACCCCCCACAUACCACCUACCUAUCUACUCCAAGUCCUCUACUCACACUAAAACCCACAAGGCAGGUGUGGGGAAGAGAAGGCAGCAGAGGAGCCCACAAGGUGGGUUAUUCACCCCUAACUCACCUCACUGCCUUGUUCACACCUGCUGAACCUACAGGAUGGGGUCCAACCCCUCAGACCCCCAACCUGUCCCCACCUGGGUCCUCUUCCAGGCAUCAGUAUUUCCGGAACUCACCUUGGUCUUCCCCCCACCUGCCUCUUUGUACACAGCGCCCUCUCCCACAGAGACAUCCUUUCCCUGAAUCUCAUCUCCCCCUGGCUGCCUGCCCCGUUCUCCAAGACCUGUCCCACCCACGCCAAGCCACCUCCUCCAAGCAGACUCCCUUCCCUGCCAGCCGGAAAAGAUCCCUCCACUUCUGGCCUCCCAGAGCCUUCUGGCCUGGCCCUCUCAGUGCCUGACUGCACCAGAAGUAGUCUUUUAUGUAGGGAGGCAGUGAGGCUAAGUGGUGGAGGCCACAGGCUCUGGGGUGCAAGGCAACUGGGACUCUUGGGCGGGUCCUUCAACCUUGCUGAGCCUGCUUCCUUACUGUAAAAUGCUGACUGCUCUAGUCCCUGCCUCUAGAUUGUUUUGAGGGUAAAAUAAGAUGAUUCCAUGGGUUUUUAACAAAAUGGCUUUUAAAAAACCAGCCUCUGCCAUUGACUGGCUGUAGACUAGGGCAACUGUCUCAACCUCCCAGAACCUCAGCUUCCAACUCUGUAAAAUGGGGUAGUGAUACUACCCACAUGCCAUGGUUGUUGAGGUCAGUAAAUGAGGGGAUGUAGGUAACAUGCUUCAUAACAAUGCCCCUAAAAUCACCAUCACUGACUGAGCACUCAGAGCGACAGGCAGCGCACUAAACGUCAACGUGCAAUUAACGGCAGACUUGAUUAAUAAUCAUAUUAAAUAAUGACGAGGACGAUAAUGGUCAGGCCUUCCCCUCCACUAACUUACCUGCCACCUGACAGAGACACAGGCCUGGCCCCAUGAUACCCUCUCUGUGUCCCUGGAAGCCCCCAGCUGGGACAAGUUCCCAUGUUCAUGCUCUCCCCAACGGCCACGGCUCUCCCCGUAGCAUCUCUCCCUCUGUGAUCCACGCCCUCACUUCCGUGGCUAUUCGAUUAGCAACCGUCUAGCUCACUAGACGGAGACUUCUACGAGGGCAAAACCUCAGAGGCUCCGAGGCUUGGCUCACCCAGCCACUGACACUGGCAUACAGCAGGCACCCAUUAAAGAGCUGUUGGUUCAA